AUGAUUUUAUCGAUCAGCGACGACGACGAAGAUUGCUAUAACGUUCCUGCCCAAAAGCCGUGCACCUGUUGCUUCUGUGGCCUCUGCGGAUAUUCAUGUACCCCAAAAAGGAAAAAAGGUUGGAUCGCCCUGGGUUUAGUGGCGGCCGGCGUUUUUUCUGCCUUCCUUGGCAAUUUGGUCAAUGGUGAGUUCUUUUUUCUCGUUAUCUCUUCAUUUUAAGAUUUUUGAGAGCUCAUGUAAAUUCAUUAAGUACUCUCAGUUCUUUGAAAACAAACUUGAUCUAGCCUGUCUGCGCUCUCUGAUCUCUCACCUUCAAGGUCAAGAAAAUUGGAAAAGAGCAUGUCGAAACGAGAAAGCAGAGAAGAUAGGCAGUUUCAAGUUGUGAAGGAUGAAUUAUAUUUUGAAGUUCUUCCUCAUUUUUUCUAUGAUUUGUGAACUUCAACCAAUAAUCAUUCGCUACGACUUAAAACAGUCUGACGUGUCAGUUUCAAGUUGUGAAGGAUGAAUAUAUAUGCGCUCUCUUCUCUCUCGCCCCUCGUGAGAAAAUGAGAGAGAAGAGAGCGCAGACAAGUAAGAUCAUGCCAAGUUGUGACAAAAAAAUUAUACUAUUUGUUUUUUUGUGGAAACUAAAAAAAAUUAUUUUUUUCAGCAAUGGUUCCUGACCCAGAAGGAGCUCAUGUGAGUUUAAUCUUUUUCUAUUUUUUUUUGAAUAUUUAAUAUCUCUGUGUUCUUCAAAAUGCUUUUACAACAGUAUCGAAAAAUAUAAUGGAGGAAAAAAAUUUUCAUCAAGUCUGCAAACACUGAAUCGAUAUCGUAGUACUAAUAGAUCACUUCAAACUUGCCCGAUUUUGAUUUUUGAAAGACAUUUUCGGCUCAAAGUUGAUCAAAUUCAUUUUUUCUUUUUAGAAGUUCAUUUAUAAAAGCUUAUGGGUUUGUUCGAAGCCUGGAUUUUUUCUCUAAAAUAUUUAUAAUGACAUCUAAAAAAAUCCCUUUUGCAGGGAGAAUCCCUGUACUCCUUCUUGAUCUCCUACGUCCAAUGUUUCUCAGUAAUUUCGCUGGUGGAUAUGGUCCGAAUGCAGUUUGGUAAUAUUCUCGCUACCCUCUGAAAAAUGACUUUCUUCAGAUCCUACAUUGGAAUGAGUCCAUCUUGGGAGUUGUACUGGUUUCUGGCGGAAUGUUCCGUUUCAAUAAUUAUAGAGAUUAUUUGUGCUAUUGCUGUGCUUAUUACCUUCUUUUGUAAUGGUAAGGACUUUAUAAAGAUCAAAUUCUAACUGUUUAAAAUUUCAGGGGUCAUGGCGACGGAUAUCGUGAGUUUUUUUUUUUAUUAAACCAACAGGAAAAAAUUUAUUUAUGAGAAAAAACGGGAAAUCUUGAAAAAUUCGAAUCUCCUCACUAUAAAACUUUUUUCAAUUAUAGUGUUCUCAAUAAAGUUAAAAAAAAACCAGGAGCAAAAGAUCAGAAGACUUGAAGAAACGCCAGAGAAAUGAAAUUUUUUUUUUCUGGUGUCUCUUCAGGCAGAUAUUGAUCCCUUCGUUAUUGAAGCAGAAAAAUUUCGAAAAAAAAUUUUUUUUUUUUUGAGCUUAUUAACAAGGAAGUCAUUUUACUCUGCGGUUGGAAAAUUCCUGAAACUUUGCCAGAACAUUCUUCGUUGUACCAGAAAGAUAAUCUGAAAGUUUCAACUAGCCCUAUUUUUUCGGUUUUUGAAAAAUAAAGGUUCAAAGCAAAAUGGCCUAUUUUAAUGGGUUUUCAGCGUUUUCUUCGACUUCAAGGUGUCAUUUUUCUGAAAAUAUUUAAUUGUGCAAGUCGAGACUUUUAGAUUCUUUUUCUGGUACAUAAAGAAGUUUUCUGACCGAUUUUCAGGAAAUUCCCAACCGCAAAGUAAAAUGUCCUCGCAAAACGUUUUUGAACCUUGGCAGUAAUAUUUCUCUCAGUGCAUAACUUAAAAUAAAAAAAUUUUUCGACAAAAAUUGAAUCUUUCAGAAGAAAAAAUUGAAAUAAAAAUAACAAGUUUAGGCCCCAACGAUUUUGGCCGUCAUAGCCGCCUCUUUUUGCGGGAGCGCCGUGGUUAUAAUUUACUUUUUGAGCGUCCGCGUCUUACAAGGAAUCAAAAGGAAACCUCAAACUAAUGCUUCCCUUCAGUCUUCUAGAACCAAGUGACUUUGUAAUUUAUAAUCGAAGAUUAUUUCUAGUGUUUAAAGAAACUUGAAGACAAAAAAUAGCGAACAGUUUAAAGGAGCAUGGAUAAAUUUUAAAAAGGUCUCGAGGCGGAGGGCCUUUAGAGUGUUCAUUGGGUCAUGAAAGGCUUCAAAGGAAUUUUAUUUGAAAAGAAAGAAAAAAGAAAAAAUGUUAAAUUUAGAAAAACUACAUUUUUUCAGGAUUCUGUUGUGCAUAUCCCUAGCGGCAUCGUUAAUCGCUACGUUUCUACUUUUGACUUCAAUUUUCUCUUCAGGUUUGUCUUUUUCAGUCUCCUUUUCACAGUGUUCCAAAAGAGACGGCGGCAAGCCAAAAAAAAAGGUCGUCGCAAUGGGGCGAAAACGCGAGUUUUUUCUAACGCAACGCGGUGCGGCGCGUGUCACCCCCACAAAAUUUCAUUCACUUUUAAUACGGUUUUUUCUCUUUUUCUUGCGUAUUUUACCAUUCUUUCGUAUUUUUUCACGCUGUAUGUGUUCUUAAAACGUGUUUAUCGCGUUUUUCCAGAGAUUUGAAGUGAUUUUUCGAUUGUUCUCGUCACAGAAAUUUGCAUUAAAAGGACAUUUUUUUGAUGACAACUUAUUUCGCAUAAGAUAUUUCGUUUGUUUUUUUGUUUUAGAAUUUUUCAAAUGGACUUUCUUAAGAGAAACGCCGUGAGAUUUUUUUCUCAAAAAUUUUUUUCGAGGCAGUAUUCGACGAAUUUAUUCUUGAAAAUGUCAUUUUUGGGUGACAACUUUAUUCGUACAAGCUAUUAUGCAUCUGUUUUUUUGUUUUUAAAACGUUCAAGUGGUAUUUCUUAAGAGAAGUGCUGUGAGCUUUUUUUCUCAAUUUUUCCCUUUGGAAGUUCGAUUUGACGAGUUUUUCCUAAAAAAACGAUAUUUUGGGAGAUAUUUUGUUUUGCAAAAAUUUUUUUCGUCUCUUUUUUUCAUUUAAAUUUGUUCGUUAUAAUUAUAUACACAUUAAAAAAAUCUUCGAAAACUCGCGAGAACCUAGGAAAAAAACAUCAUUUAAUGGUCUUUUUCCAACCACUAAAUCCACAAAACUUGACUCUCAUUCCCGCGCCCCUAUUGCAAUAAACCGUGCCGCUGUUGCAGUCAGCCACGCUUACUGACCACAGCUGCCGCUCGUUUGGGAACACUGUGUUUUUUUAAAUUCUAGAUUCACUACAACAAAUUUAGAGCUGCAAAAAUCAACUUUUUCAGACUGGGCCUACGUUUAUGAAGACACCGACAUCAUCAAACGCUACGGCGUCCGUCCGAAUCAAGGGGUAUUUUUUCCGUUUUACUUCAUUCACGAUGCGAAACAAUCUGACUAGUCUGCGCUCUCUUUUCUCUCUUUGUUGAUCAGAGAAAUGUCGGAAAAGAAAACAAAAAACGAGGAGUCGCAAAGAAACCAGACGGCUUUACGCUGUGCAGAACAUCUAGUUGCUCUUUCAAAGUGCAUGAAAAUUCUCAAUUUUGAAUAAAGUUUUAAGAAAAUAUGAAAAUUGCAUUCAACUUAAGAAAAAUUAAGGUCCACCGGCCAUUCUCCUAUAAUUUAUAAAAAAAUUCCUCAUUUUCAAUAAAAAAAUUUUUUUCUGAAUAUUCGAAAGCUUCUCUCACCAUAAAUAAUAGCUUUUUAGAUAAAUUUGUCAUUUCCUAGAGCUCUUCAUCGUGUAUGGAACAAAAUAUUCGAAAAUAAAACUACAGAAGUUUAUAGUUCUUGAGAAAAAUAGUUAAAAGUCCAAAAAAAAAAAAUUUUACUCCCACCAAAAAUCUGCAGUAAAGUUGCUCUAUGGGCAAAACAAAAAAAAAUUUUCCUAACACAAAACGGACGUGCUCCGGAACUUUCUGGGCGUUUCUAGGGACCGCUUUAGUAGCUUCAACACUCUUAAGUGAUCCCUAAAAUCGUCAGAAACGUCCGGAGUCAUCUUUUUCAUGGACUAUCGAAAUUUUUCUUUUGAACCAUCAAACCUUCAGAAGGACAGUUUCUGGUACACUAUCAUCAUCUACAGCGUUUACAUGUGCUUCCCGCUCUGCAUAACGGUCACACGAGACGUCGUCGUCAUGAUGUUUGUUGCAAUCUUAUCAGUUUUUCAUUUUUUGAUCCGAAUGACGAAACGUGAUUCAUUUCCGCCAGUGGGUUGAAAUUGGCUAGAGUGUGAUCAGAAGUGAACUAAAAAGGAGAAAAAAUUCAAAAUAAAGUGAGAAAAAUGAGCCUCAGCUACAGGAAUUUUUGCGCCCCAACGAAAAAUUAGAAUUGAAUCGAGAAGGAGAUUUUUUUUUGGAAAACUAACACUAGAAGUUCAAAUUUUCCAGCAAAUGAAAAAAAAACUCAACUUUCAAUCAAAAGGUACUUUUCGCCCCGUGGAAAGGGACAUUAUCAACUCGGACGUUUCUGGACGAUUCUAGGGGUCACUUAAGAGCGCUGACGCUACUAAAGUGGUCACUGUAGGAUCAGGAGCAUGUACGAUGUCCAAUCAAGAAAAAAAAUCUCAAUUUGGUUGUUUUGAAAUUGAUUUUUUGACUAUUGAUCGAAGAUUCUCAAUGGUUUAAUAACAUAAUAAUGUACAAGGAGGUACUAUAAAUCCAAAAUUCAGAGUCCGAAACAAAGGAGAAGAACUGGACCCAUUUGGCGAGACCUUGAUAACCAGAUCCUGGGCCUUCAAUUCCAUCAAUUUCGUCCUACUUUUCGAGACUUAUUUCGUUUUCAGUUAUAAUUACAGGACUUUGGGUGGGUUCGACAUUCAUCUCGUUAAUGUAUUUGCUGACCCUUUUAAAGGCGCAUAAGAACAAUUUCGAUUAAAAACGGUUUUCACCCUCGAGACCAUUUUUUAAACCCGGACAUGCGCCUUUAAAAAUCAGUUUUGAAAAUUUCCUAUAUUGUCAAUUGAAAUUUUCAGCAAAAACCAACCCUCCGCAAAUGGUUUUUUUGGGAUUCGCUUAUUAUCUGGCCGUCGUCGCGUCAAGCUUCAUUUUCGCUUCGGGAUUAAUUUUAUCUUUUCUCUUGUUCAGAUAUAGAACCAUAUGA